UAAUGGGUAUACAAUCAGUCUUCCUAGUAACACUAGGGCAUCUCAACAAUCAACAAAAUACAUCUUCAAAACUGAUGAAAUCAACAUAAACUUUUCACAAAAUGGGUAUCUCAAAUCAGGCAAAAGAAAAGGCAAUACAACUAACAAGUUAUAUCCUAAUAUUCAUCUUUACACUAGAAAUAACAUACUAAAAUUUCAUAAGAAAUAGAGCAAAUUUACCAGAUGAUCAAAGUUGGCAUGCCCUUUUUCCCAAUUUUCCUCUCCUCUCUCGCCCUUUUUCCUUUAUAACCACAAGUUUCAAUCUUAAUGGCAGAUCAGAUUCAACUCAAGGACACUCCAACGAGAAGCAAUAAAUUAAAACGUGGUCCACAUCGUAACGAACUCUGCUAGUGUCCUUCUAAAGGAUAUAAAAUACAUAUUGAAACUUAUAAGUAGUUGGAAAACUCUUAAGAAACUAUAACAGCUAGAUCAAAAUCACAGGACAACAUGAGUCUUCCAACUGUGCUAGUAUUACCAUUACCAGCUCAAGGACAUGUCAACCCAAUGAUGAUCUUGUCUCAAAGAUUGGCUGAAAAUGGUUGCAAUAUCAUCUUUGUCAACACUGAAUUCAUCCAUAAGAAAGUGCUGAGUUCCAUGGGGAAUCAAGAAGGCCGCGGUGUUAACGGAGAAUCGCGGAUAAAGUUGGUGUCAAUCCCAGAUGGAUUAGGACCUGAUGCAGACAGAAAUAAUUUGUGGGAAGUAUCUGAUUCUAUAAAGAAGAACAUGCCAGCUAUGCUUGAGAAGCUAAUUGAAGAUCUUAGAUUGAAAGAUGGUAUCAUAGUAAGCUGCGUAGUUGCUGACUCAGCUAUGGCAGGAGCGUUGAAAAUUGCAAGCAAGAUUGGAAUCAAAGGAGUUGUGUUCUAUCCUGCAUCAGCAGCUAUGUUAGCCUUGCAGUGUAGCAUACCAAAGCUUAUUGAGGAUGGGAUCAUAGACUCUAAUGGGUUGCCUACCACACAAAAAACGUUUCAGUUAUCACCAAGUUUUCCACACAUGGACACAGGAUCCAUAUGGUGGGCAAAAGGAUUUGACUCUGUGUUAGGGAAUGUGUUGUUCAACAUUAUUGUUGAUGCCAUGCAAACUCUGGAAUUGACAGACUGGUGGCUUUGUAACUCCACACCCGAUCUUGAACCACAAGCAUUGUCCUAUUUACCAAAGUUAUUGCCAGUUGGUCCAUUAUUGAGAAGUUAUGAUGACAAUCAAGGUGUAACUAAAAGUUCAUUGGGACAGUUCUUGGAAGAAGAUCUGUCUUGUAUAAAUUGGCUUGAUCAACAACCUCAUGCUUCUGUCAUAUAUCUUGCUUUCGGAAGUCUCGCUCAUUUCGAUAAAAAACAAUUCACAGAACUCGCUCUUGGACUUGAACUCACUAAUAGACCAUUUCUUUGGGUUGUGCGUCAAGAUUCCAAUUGCAACCCCCAUGAAUUUAAGGGGAAUCAAGGUAAGAUAGUCGAAUGGGCUCCUCAACAAAAAGUGUUAAGUCACCCUGCCAUAGCUUGUUUUGUUAGUCAUUGCGGUUGGAAUUCGACUAUAGAAGGUUUGUCCAAUGGAGUCCCCUUCUUGUGUUGGCCAUGUUUUGGUGACCAAUUCUUUAACAAAACAUACAUUUGUGAUGAGUUGAAAGUUGGAUUAGGAUUUGAUUUAGAUGAAAAUGGAUUGAUCUCGCGUGAAGAGAUAAAAGUGAAAGUGGAUAAAGUGCUUAGCGAUGAGAACAUAAGAUCAAAUGCUCAUGUGUUAAAAGAGAAGCUGCUGAACACCAUAAAAGAUGGAGGAAGGUCUUGUGAGAAUUUAAACAAGUUCAUCAAGUGGUUGAAAGAAUAAGUAUUCUGAUUUGUGUUGAGUUGUAAUAAUGAUUAUAUAUUAUAAUUUAUAAAGAAAGAAGGCAUUCUUCUAUCUAUGGGAUUGUGC